CUCAUCAACGAUCCUACAAAGGUCCCUUGGUUCUCUUUACACCCGACGCUUCAGUCCCUGGCUCUGAGUUUCAUCGUCUACGGUUCGCCAAUCUCUAAUAGAGAAUCUUUGGCUGGGACUCGAACCUUGGUACUCAACGAUAAACCAAUGGUGUUAUCAUGCUCUUUUAGGAACCCGCAUAGCAACAAGCCGCUGUGGUGGCAGAAAAAACAGUAUCAAAAAGCUGGGAGAUUUUUUGAUCAGGACUCAAACCAGUUAAAGGAUCGAUCGGCCCAAUACUCUUAAACAUGAACUUGACGCUGCUCGACGACAAUGUGCUCAUACACACUAUCACGUUUCUCUCAGUGCCUCAUAUACUUGCAUUGCGACAGACAUGUAGGCGAUUCGAUGAACUCACGAGGGAAGAACACAUAUGGAUCAAUAUUCUAAACCACGACAUUCUACCAAAUGAAUACCCAUUCCCUCUUGAAAUAUUUGAUACCACAACAGAUCUCGAGCACCACGUACGAAAUUCGUACCGACUCGCAGGCCAAUGGCGUUCUCAGAUUCCUCAAUCACCUAUGAUAAAGACAUUUUAUACCGAGAGGCCUGUAUCAGAGGUCAAGUUGCUUCCAGGGCGAGGACACAAGUGGUUGCUGGCCGUAUCUGAGGGAAAAUCCCUGGUGAUUUGGAACAUCUUGCUGUGGUCCAAGUGCUCGAUAUGGACCCCUCUCCUGAACGACGGUGGAUUCACAGAUGUGAAGGUUAACGAUAACCCAGAGUCUGAAGCUGCCAUCGCAGUCUCAUUAUCGCAAAGAAUUGCGCUCCUGUGUUUGCACGACGAUGGUCAUUUGUUUGAAGUCUUCUCUCUCGAUGUCAACCUCUUCCUUGUCACCCUCGCCGGCGACUUUCUAGCACUAACCAAUCGCACCUCCGAAACAAUCAUCCGUAACUGGAAGACCGGCGAGCUCGCACACCUUGACACACCAUCCGAUCAUUGCCUCGAAACCAUCAUAACCCCGCCCACCAUCCUCGUAGUAUGCACCAGGUCCAUUUCUCGCUAUGUCCUUCCAUCACGAAUGCCUGUCGACCAAUAUUCCUUUGAACCCAUUGACGGCGCCAGUGCAACCCCCACCUCCAUUCUUAUCCGUGGCGAUAUGUCUUCCGCAGAUAUCAAUUGUAAAUGUUUCCAAUACUACUCCAUAUCAUCCUUCCCGCCAACGCUCAUCGCUAAAACGCACUCGCCCAAGAGAACUAUCGGAUGUCCAAAGGUCGUCCUUGGCAAGCGGGCAACGGCCGUUUGGAUCCAUUCCGACCAAAGCCACUGGUUUUCAGGCUGGAGCGAACGGAGUGAUGAGGCAAUCAUUGCUGCUGUAUUUCCUGGUCCACUCAACGACACAGGAUAUCCCUGUGUCUAUAAUUUGUGUAUCAAUACGAGAGAUCCAUGGAUCUCAUUGGACUAUGAUGAAGAUGUCGGGAGGAUCGCAGUUGCAUCCCGCACAGGGCAAAUCACGAUUUGCCAAUUGUAGUCAAAACACGUUCUCUUUGUGAUUUCUUAGUGGUUACACACCGACUCGGACAUUCUUUAAUUUUUGGUUUUGUUCCUAGACUUAGCAAAUGUAUUUCGUUCUAUUCUACUACUCUACAUGACUUAACAAUACCCAAAUGGCA